UUCAGUCUGGACGCGGAGGGGUGAACAUCUAAUCUGACUGCUGCGAGAGGACUGGGCCGCAUGUGAGUGCUUUGGGACGGUGUGGGGCCCACGGCAGCACCCGCUGCUCGUUGAGAAGACGACAACUGCCUUGUUCAGGGGCAGAACGACAGAUGUUUACCUUGUCAGCCCGGGGAUUUGAUGUCGUUUACCGGCCCAACGCUGUAACCCACAAGGCUACUUGCCUCUCCUGAAACCACCUACUUUGGCCGAGAACCAAUCAACAGAAUCAGGGCAGAACCUUCAGUGGACCAGCAUGGGUUGAAGGGGGGUUCAAUAUGUCUGGUUGUUCCAGAACCUCCUGAGAUGAUCAAAGGACUUCAAUGGAGGAAGGACAGUGAUGUAAUAUUUGGAGACAAAGAGAUCUCUCCUAAAUACAAGGAUAAGGUGGACUAUAACAAUGAUAACCAUUCUCUGUGUAUUAAGAAUCUAAUGGAAACUGACAGUGGAAUUUACAUGGUAAACUACAGGAAACAUUGGAAACAAUCAACUACUACAUAUAGACUGUUAGUGGAGGAUCAUGUUCCCAAACCAGUCAUGGAUGUCACAUCUCUCAACACAAGUGUGGGACUCUGUGAUGUCACAGUGAACUGUUCAGUUAAAGAUGGCUGGAUGUUGUCUGUCUGUGACAGCGGUCAGUGUACACUGUCACAACAGUCUCCGUCACUAACCGGUGGUAACAUGACCAUCUCCGUAUUGACUGGAAGGAUCCAAUGCACCAGCAGCAACCACGUCAGCACACAGACCAUCUCUCAACCCAUGGAGGACUGUAGUGGUAAUGUGAAAGCCUCAGUGUUACCAGUUGGCACCAUUGUGGGCUGUGUUACUGGUAUAUUACUCCUAGUUGCUGUGUUACUUGGUGUUGGAUACAUCAAACAUACCAGAAGACAGAAAAUCCCUAAAGAACAAAGUCCACUAGAAGAGGUCAUUGUUCCAAGAGUUUACAACUCAGUGAAGACCUCACCAGGGAGAGAAGAACCACAGCAUCUCCCUACCAGAACCACAGCCCUGUCCUGACCAGAACCACAGCACUCUCCUGGUCAGAACCACAGCACUCUCCUGGCCAGAACCACAGCACUCUCCUGGUCAGAACCACAGCACUCUCCUGGUCAGAACCACAGCACUCUCCUGACCAGAACCACAGCCCUCUCCUGUCCAGAACCACAGCCCUCUCCUGUCCAGAACCACAGCCCUCUCCUGACCAGAACCACAGCCCUCUCCUGUCCAGAACCACAGCCCUGUCCUGACCAGAACCACAGCCCUCUCCUGUCCAGAACCACAUAUAUAUACAUUUUUAUAUUCCAUUUCAUGGAAGUUUCUUUAUCCAUGAAAUGAAGUGGGUGGAGAACAAACCCCUCUUCACAUUGUUACAGAUAGAAUUGAACCAUUAUUUUGAAAUGAUCAGUAAAAGUGGAAAUACAAAAAAGCAAUAUGUAUCAUAAAAUGUUUUGACAAACUGAAAAUGUAUCUUGA